CCAUCUUCUUCCGCAGAUCUGCGAGCUGAGGAUUCAAGGCGAGAGCACAAAUCCGCAGAGGGAAUUCUGUUCGACGAAAUUCAUCUUCCUCCCAGCGAGAGAUCGUUUGUUGCCGAGAGAAUUCUUCUAUUCGAGGCGGUUUCGUCCUCUGAAUAGCCCCUAUCGGCUGCCGCGUCUCGUGAAAUGGAUCCGAACCAGCCUGUACAGGAAAACUAUGCCAACCCGAAGACAUGUUUCUUUCACAUCCUGUUUAAGGCUGCGGGGCUGGCAUUUUACAUACUAUCAGCCCUUUUCAUUGAUAACUUUGUUAUCAUUUUUGUGGUGACUGUUCUUCUCGCUGCUCUUGAUUUCUGGGUCGUCAAGAAUGUGAGUGGGCGUAUACUGGUGGGUUUGAGGUGGUGGAAUGAGAUAAAUGACCUCGGUGAGAGUGUCUGGAGAUUUGAGUGCCUUGACCAAGAGUCAUUGGCCCGGAUGAACAAGAAGGAUUCUUGGCUAUUCUGGUGGACUCUUUACCUUACGGCGGCUGCAUGGACUGUGCUCGGAAUAUUUUCCCUCAUAAGGUUUCAAGCCGAUUAUCUCCUCGUUGUUGGAGUGUGCUUGACCCUCAGCGUUGCAAAUAUAGUUGGCUUUACAAAAUGCAAGAAAGAUGCCAAGAAGCAGAUUCAGGCAUUCGCCCAGCAGACAAUCGCAUCCCGGGUUUCUUCCACAAUACAAUCAGCAUUCAGUGUGGUAUGAAAUGCUUAUACACAAACAGCAUUGGACGAGAACCGCGCUUACUGAGAACUGUCGAGAGUUGGUGCCAAAUAUGUAAAUGAUUUUCCCAGUGGGUAGUUUACUGCAUUUUAAUGGAAAGAGAAGGACGAGUACUUGCUGUAUCGAACAUCAGUUAGGAGUUAUACAGCUAUUUGUAUCACCUCUUUUUUUUUUUUUCUCAAAUGUAUUUCCCAUGGUCUUGGUAAUGAAUACUGGGAAAUUUUACUGAUGGAUCUCCAUUGUUUUGUUACAUGCCAAUCUGAUUUGGUUUGCUGAUCA